AUGAACAAAAACAAAGAAAUUGGGUUAAUAGAUAUUGGAAAAUGGAAAAUGUACUUUAAUGGCGCUGUGAAUAAAAGUGGAGCUGGCAUUGGUGUCAUUUUGAUAUCCCCGGAAGGAGAAUGGAUACCACUAUCCAAAAGAUUGGAUUUUUGGGUGACUAAUAACAUGUAUGAAUACGAAGCGUGCAUCUUUGGGAUGGAAUCUUUGAGAGCAAUAGGAGUUAAACACGCGGAUAUCUUUGGAGACUCUAGUUUGGUGAUUAAACAAGUGAGAAAAGACGGAGUUAGAUUUAUCCCUAGGGAAGAAAACCAGAUUGCAGAUGCACUUACUGGGUUAGCAUCAGUUUGGGAAGAUCCGGGAAGAUUGUUUAUCAGGCCUUUAGUGAUGGUGAGAAGUAAAGUUCCUUGUUUUGAGGGGACAAAAGUAUUAGACAUCACUCAAGAUGAAAAACCAUGGUAUUAUGAUAUUCAAAGAUUCAUUCAAGAUAAACAAUAUCCAGAAGCUACUACAAAGAAGGACAAAAAUUUGAUCUGA